GGGGCGCUCCUCGCGCGGAGCGCGGCGCUCUUCGUAUCCUCCACGACGGUCGUCGUAUCCGCCGCGACGGUCACCGUAGCCACCACGACGGUCGUCCUGGUAUCCGCCGCGGCGGUCGUCGUUGUGGUAUCCGCCGCGACGCGGCUCUAUUGGGGGCGCAAAGCAUGCAUGUCAAGCGUGUCAAUCACUCACUGCCAGAGCGACGCAAUGGGCUCGAGGCGAAGACGUUACCGUCGCGCUGUUGCUCGUGGUGCUGGAUCUCCUCCUCCUCGAUGGGCUGCGCGGGCUCCGGCCUGCGGUAGGCGAGCAAGGACGUAGAGAAAGUUAGAGAGAAGCAUGAGAGACGAAGGAACAGCUGGGCUGGGCCGCUUCAAGCGUAGCCGGGAGACGUACUGCGCGAUCUUGGGGGCCACCGGCAGCGGCUGGAAGUCCACGUCGUCGUCGUCGGCCCAGGAGCUGGUGCCGCCGCGCGCGAAGCUCAGGUUCUGCGCCAUCUUGCUGCUACGUAGUGCUGCUGCUCUCUUCUUGCGGUUGAGUUGUUGUCUAUCACCGAUGUUUGCAAGCAGUCUCAAGGCGGCCUUACCGUGAUGAUCGAUGAAAUGCAACAUAUCCUUUCAAAACAAGUAUCUGUCUUCGCAAAGUCUGUAAAUUGGCCAUCGACUCCAAUAAUUGAUACAUAAAUCGCAUAGAUAGUUGUGCGGCAACUACCGUACUUACUGGCAGCAAAUCUACUGAUCCGCAUGUUAGUAAUGAUUUCUAAUACUGGUUUGCGUUAGUAAAAGUCAGUGGUUGUCGUGACGCCCACCACCAAUCAAGCGCGGCCAAUCAGACUGCGGGUCGGCGCCAUCGUAGCCGGAGUGUCCAUAACUUACCAGCAGCAGAACCAGUCGACGGCAGCAUGGCAGGCGGUGGCAAGCUCAUCAAGAACACGGCGGGCAAGCAGGCCCUGCGCGCCAACAAGAAGGUGGCCAAGCAGGCGGCCAAGCAGAGCCGCAAGGUGACGAGCGUGGCCAAGCCCAAGCGCGUCAAGGCCCAUGUGCAGCGCGCCAUCAAGGCCAAGGAGCCCAAGCUCGUGGAGAACACCAAGAACCUGCUGGUGCUGCGCGGCAACAAGACGAACGAGCAGGUGAACGAGCUGCUGACGGACCUGCGCAUGCUCAAGGCGCCGUUCGUCAAGUUCAUGGGCAAGAAGAACGACAUCCACGUGUUCGACGACGAGAACAAGAUCGAGUUCCUGACGCAGAAGAACGACGCGAGCCUCUUCCUCGUGGGCAGCAGCACCAAGAAGCGCCCGAACAACCUCGUGCUUGGCCGCACGUUCGACGGCCACAUCCUGGACGUCAUGGAGUUCGGCUUCUCCAACUUCAAGGCCAUUAGCGCCUUCAAGUGCAAGAGCAAGAAGGCGCCCGGCUCCAAGCCCAGCUUCGUGUUCACGGGCGACCAGUGGGAGAGCGUAGAGGCUUACAUGAAGCUCAAGAACCUGCUGCUCGACACGUACCGCGGCACUAUUGUGCAGAGCGUCAACGUCAAGGGCCUGGACCAUGUCAUCGUGUGCACGGCCUGGAAGGACAAGGUCUUCUUCCGCUCGUACUCGAUCGAUUUCAAGAAGGGCGACGAGUCGCACCCGCGCGUGGAGCUGGACGAGAUGGGCCCGCGCUUCGACCUGGAGUUCCGCCGCACCAAGUUCGCCUCGGCCGACCUCAUGAAGCUCGCCACCAAGAAGCCCAAGGGCCUGGCGCCCAAGAAGAUUAAGAACAUCUCUCGCGACGAGCUCACGGGCGACAAGCUGGGCCGUAUUCACAUGGACCACCAGGAUAUUUACUCGAUGCAGAGCCGCCGGGUGAAGGCGCUGCGCAAAACGCCCGCCGAGCUCAAGAACAGCAAGAACGCCGAGGACUCCGGAAACGACGAGGGCGACAUCGAGAUGGAAGACUAAUGUAUAGAUCAUGGCUAGCUUUUAGACGAACACGGCGUUUUUACUUUUUUUGACAGCACAAACAGCGCAACUUGUUCGUGUGUUCGUUCAUGCGUGUGGUAUGUGAGUGUGUAUGUAUGGACAUGCUAUUGUAUGCAACUUUUACUACAGUAGCAGCUAGGAACAUGUUACAUCAACGGAAGCCCGCGCCGGCGUUUCCUGUAUGCACUUGCGACGGGGUUUGCUGCACCAAGUGAUCCAACGUGGCUUGCUUUAUCUCUGCAGGACAUCUUGGUUGUUCCGGGCGUCUACUGCAGCAGCUUGGUCAAGUGGUCGAAGUCGGUGACAAACAAGUCGGCGCCUUCCUUCACGACGUCGCGGGUGACGAUACCACCGAAGCCGACGAACAGGUCGGCAGGCGGCCGAGCCUGGAGGUCCGUGACGCCAUCACCGACCAUGGCGAUCUUCUCGUAGCCAUGAAUCCGCUUGAUGCUGAAGGCAAUAAUUACCGUAGUCAGCAACAGAUAGUAGACGUGGACGAGUUGGCUACUUACACUUCAAUGGCCUUGGCCUUGCCACCGUCACGCGACGUGAGCUCCGCAUCGUCGAAGCCGCUGUAGUUUCCGUCGUCGUCGAAGAAGAUGGUGUUGGCGUAGAUGUUGUACAGAGGGAUGCCCACCUCCUCGGCGACGGGCUCGAUCAUGAGACGGAAGCCGCCCGACACGAGGAACA